CGCCUCUGGGCCGUGCUCACCGUCCAGGCCUACGCCCGGGGCAUGAUCGCCCGCCGGCUCUACAGGCGCCUCCGCGGGGAGUAUCAUCGACGCCUGGAAGCGGAGAAACUCCGGCUGGCCGAAGAGGAGCGGCUCCGAAAGGAGAUGAGUGCCAAGAAAGCCAAAGAGGAAGCAGAAAAGAAGCACCAAGUACGCCUGGCCCAGCUGGCACGGGAAGAUGCAGAGAGAGAAGUAAAGGAGAAGGAAGAGGCACGGCGGAAGAAAGAGCUCUUGGAAAAAAUGGAGAAGGCUCGCAAUGAGCCAGUGAAUGACUCAGAAAUGGUGGACAAAAUGUUCGGGUUCCUGGGGACAACCUCCUCCCUGCCUGGCCAGGAAGGACAGGCGCCCAAUGGCUUUGAGGAUCUUGAGCGAGCCCAGAAGGAGCUGGAGGAAGAGGACCUGGAUGCAGCAUUGCCUCUCCCUGAGGAAGAGGAGGAGGAUCUCUCAGAGUACAAAUUUGCCAAGUUUGCCGCCACGUAUUUCCAGGGCACGACGACACACACCUACAUCCGCCGGCCUCUGAAGCAGCCUCUCUUGUACCAUGAAGAUGAAGGAGACCAGCUGGCAGCACUUGCUGUAUGGAUCACUGUCCUCCGUUUCAUGGGAGAUCUCCCUGAGCCAAAAUAUCAUACAGCCAUGAGUGAUGGUGGUGAGAAGAUACCAGUGAUGACAAAAAUCUAUGAGACUCUUGGGAAAAAGACCUAUAAGAAAGAACUGCAGGCUCUGCAGGGAGAAGGAGAGAGUACUCCCCUCGACGGGCACAAGAAGAACAGUGUGCGGCACAAGCUGGUCUCCUUGACCCUCAAGAAGAAAUCCAAGCUGACGGAGGAGGUGACCAAGAGACUUCAUGAUGGUGAGUCCACACUCCAGGGUAACAGCAUGCUUGAAGACCGACCCACCUCCAACCUGGAGAAACUCCAUUUCAUUAUUGGUAAUGGCAUCCUCAGGCCAGCCUUAAGGGAUGAAAUCUAUUGUCAAAUCUGCAAGCAGCUGACCCAGAACCCCUCCAAAAGCAGCCACGCCAGGGGCUGGAUCCUAAUGUCCCUCUGCGUGGGAUGUUUUGCUCCUUCUGAGAAGUUUGUGAAGUAUUUAAGGAACUUUAUCAACGGAGGCCCCCCGGGUUAUGCUCCCUAUUGUGAAGAGAGGCUGAGGCGGACGUUUGCCAAUGGGACAAGGACACAGCCACCCAGCUGGCUGGAGCUGCAGGCAACCAAGUCUAAGAAACCAAUCAUGCUGCCUGUGACAUUUAUGGAUGGGACAACAAAAACCCUGCUGACCGACUCUGCGACAACUGCUAAAGAGCUCUGUAACUCUUUGGCUGACAAAAUCAGCCUGAAGGACCGAUUUGGCUUUUCACUUUACAUUGCACUGUUUGACAAGGUCUCCUCGCUGGGGAGUGGCAAUGACCACGUGAUGGAUGCUGUGUCCCAGUGUGAGCAGUAUGCCAAAGAGCAAGGAGCGCAGGAGCGCAACGCGCCGUGGCGGCUCUUCUUCAGGAAGGAGAUCUUCACUCCUUGGCACAACCCAAGCGAGGACAACGUGGCCACCAACCUCAUUUACCAGCAGAUCGUGCGAGGGGUGAAGUUUGGGGAGUACCGCUGUGACAAGGAAGAAGAUCUGGCAGAAUUGGCCUCCCAGCAGUACUACGUGGACUAUGGGUCAGAGAUGGUGCUGGAAAGGCUGCUAAACCUAAUUCCAUCCUACAUCCCAGACAGAGAGAUCACAGCUUCAAAAACAGUGGAAAAAUGGGCUCAGCUCAUUAUAGCUGCACAUAAAAAGGGAAUUUAUACUCAGAAGAGGGCAGACCCAAAAAAAGUCAAGGAAGAGGUAGUGGAUUUUGCACGUUUCAAGUGGCCUUUGCUGUUCUCUCGGUUUUACGAAGCCUUCAAAUUCUCAGGGCCAAGCCUGCCCAAAAAUGAUGUGAUUGUAGCCGUCAACUGGACAGGAGUGUACUUUGUGGAUGAACAGGAGCAGGUUCUCUUAGAGCUCUCUUUCCCAGAGAUCACGGCUGUGUCAAGCAGCAGGGGGGGAAAGCUGCAAGGGCAGAGUUUUACCUUGGCCACCAUUAAAGGUGAUGAAUACACCUUCACCUCCAACAAUGCAGAGGAUAUCCGAGACCUGGUAGUGACCUUCCUUGAAGGACUAAGGAAAAGGUCCAAGUAUGUGGUCACUCUCCAAGACAACCCAAACCCUGUGGGAGAAGAAUCUGGGUUCCUCAGCUUCCUCAAAGGAGAUCUCAUUGUUCUGGACCAGGACACAGGAGAACAUGUGAUGAACUCAGGGUGGGCUAACGGGUUCAAUGAACGGACCAAGCAGAGAGGGGAUUUCCCAACCGAUGCGGUCUACGUCUUGCCUACAGUCACCAUGCCUCCACUGGAGAUCGUGGCACUGGUCACGAUGACCCCUGACCAACGACAAGAUGUUAUCAGAACCUCUCAGCUGGCGAUCUCAGACAGUGAAGAGAGGGUAAAGCCAUACACCUUGGAGGAAUUCUCCUAUGAUUAUUUUAGGCCACCUCCCAAGCACACCCUCAGCAGGGUCAUGAUCACCAAGAGCCGUGGGAAGGACAAGCUGUGGUGUUACACCAGGGAGCCUAUCAAGCAGCCAUUGCUGAAGAAGAUCCUGGGCAGUGAGGAGCUGUCCCAGGAAGCCUGCAUGGCCUUCAUUGCAGUUCUGAAGUAUAUGGGUGACUACCCAUCCAAAAGGACCCGCUCGGUUAACGAGCUGACAGACCAAAUAUUUGAAGGUGCCUUGAAAGCUGAACCCCUGAAGGAUGAAAUCUACUGCCAGACCCUCAAGCAGCUCACGGACAACCACAUCAAGUACAGUGAAGAGAAAGGCUGGGAGCUGCUGUGGUUGUGUACAGGCCUUUUCCCUCCAAGUAAUAUCCUCCUGCCCCAUGUCCAGAGGUUCCUGCAGUCCCGGAAACAUCACCCCUUGGCAGCAGACUGCAUCCAGAGACUCCAGAAAGCCCUGAGGAAUGGAUCCAGGAAGUACCCACCCCAUCUGGUAGAAGUGGAAGCCAUUCAACACAAAACCACCCAAAUUUUCCACAAGGUGUACUUCCCUGAUGACACUGAUGAGGCAUUUGAGGUGGAAUCCAGCACAAAAGCCAAGGACUUCUGCCAGAACAUCUCCAACAGGCUGCUCCUAAAGUCCUCUGAGGGCUUCAGCCUCUUCGUCAAGAUCUCUGACAAGGUCAUCAGUGUGCCUGAGGGAGAUUUCUUCUUUGACUUUGUGAGACACCUGACCGACUGGAUAAAGAAAGCAAGACCUGCAAAAGAUGGUAUAGUGCCUUCCCUCACCUACCAAGUGUUCUUCAUGAAAAAGCUGUGGACCAACACAACACCUGGAAAGGACUCGAUGGCAGACUCAAUCUUCCACUACUACCAGGAGCUACCAAAGUACCUGCGUGGCUACCACAAGUGCACACGGGAAGAGGUCCUGCAGCUGGCAGCUCUCAUCUACCGAGUGAAGUUUGAGGAUGACAAGUCCUACUUCCCCAGCAUCCCCAAGCUCCUGAAGGAGCUGGUGCCUCAGGACCUCGUCCGGCAGCUCUCUCCAGAUGACUGGAAAAGGUCCAUCGUGGCAUACUACAAUAAACACGCGGGCAAAACAAGAGAAGAAGCCAAGCUUGCCUUCCUAAAGAUUAUCUUCAAGUGGCCUACGUUUGGAUCAGCAUUCUUUGAAGUGAAGCAAACUACAGAGCCAAAUUAUCCAGAAAUCCUUCUAAUUGCCAUCAAUAAGCAUGGAGUCAGCCUCAUUGAUCCCAAAACCAAGGAUAUUCUCAUCACUCAUCCCUUCACCAAGAUCUCCAACUGGAGCAGUGGCAACACAUAUUUCCAUAUAACCAUUGGCAACCUGGUGAGAGGAAGCAAGCUGCUCUGUGAGACCUCCCUGGGGUACAAGAUGGAUGAUCUUCUGACCUCCUACAUCAGCCAGAUGCUUACAGCCAUGAGCAAACAGAGGAGUGCGAAGGGCAGCAAGUGA